ACUCGUCUCAGUCCGCCGCAAUCCACCCGGUCAGUCCCUCUCCGCGCUUCUUGACAGCGUGUUGUGUAGUUGGUUACGUACGCUUUCGUAAAUAUCGCUAUUCGCUAUCAUUUGUUUCAAACAAUCGCCCAGCUGACUGUGACCCAACAAUAACUCACUUCCAAAACGUUAUCGGAUUCUGUCGAAGUCGUUUCACCUGUAAAUUAAGUGAGAACAACGGCGGAACAGUGAAGAAAUCUUCGGUGUCUGAAUGUAAAAAUAUAACGCGUCGCAGAGGACGGUUUCCAGUGUGUGACUGAUCGAUACUUUUAAAUGAUAACAUGGAUUCAAUUAGGUUUUGUUUAAGACGACGGUGAAGUUUUGGUGUGUUCGAAAUACAUGUGUAGUGUUGUGUUAGCUGCUGCUUGGAAAACGAUGCGGCAAGCGUAACGCGUCCAGCAUGCACCGUGCGCUGUGGGCGUGGGCGUGGGCGUGGGCGUGCGCGUGGGCGCUGGCGGCGGGGGCGCACGCGCCGCAGCCGCGCUGCGAGGAGAUCACCAUCCCCAUGUGCCGCGGCAUCGGCUACAACCUGACGGCGUUCCCCAACGCGCUGGACCACGACACGCAGGAGGAGGCGGGGCUGGAAGUGCACCAGUACUGGCCGCUCGUGGAGAUCAAGUGCUCGGCCGACCUGAAGUUCUUCCUGUGCUCCGUGUACACGCCCAUCUGCAUCGAGGAGUACGCCAAGCCGCUGCCCGCGUGCCGCAGCGUGUGCGAGCGCGCGCGCGCCGGCUGCGCGCCGCUCAUGCAGAAGUACGGCUUCCAGUGGCCCGAGCGCAUGGCGUGCGAGCGCCUGCCGCGCUUCGGCGACCCCGAGCGCCUGUGCAUGGAGGAGAGCGAGCGCGCCGCCGAGCCCGAGCCGCCGCGCGCGCCGCCGCGCCGCCCCGCCAAGCCCUGCAAGGACGCAAAAAACUGCGACGGCCCGGCUGCCGCGCGCGCGCCGGGACACGCCGCGCCGGGGGACGCCGCGCCGGGCGCCGCCGAGUGCGCGUGCGCGUGCCGCCCGCCGCUCGUGGCGCUGCGCGCGCGCAACGCCAGCGCGCCCGGCGUGCCGGCGCCCGCCUGCGGCCUGCCGUGCCGCGGCGCCUUCUUCUCGCGCGAGGAGAAGGAGUUCGCCGCCGUGUGGGUCGCGCUGUGGGCCGGCCUGUGCGCCGCCUCCACGCUCAUGACGCUCACCACCUUCGCCAUCGACUCGCAGCGCUUCAAGUACCCCGAGCGGCCCAUCGUGUACCUGUCGGCCUGCUACUUCAUGGUGGCGCUGGGCUACCUGGCGCGCCUGGCGCUGGGCCACGAGGCCGUGGCGUGUGACGGGCCGCUGCUGCGGACGUCGGCGGGCGGGCCCGGCGCCUGCACGCUGGUGUUCGUGCUGGUGUACUUCUUCGGCAUGGCGUCGUCCAUCUGGUGGGUGGUGCUGUCGUUCGCGUGGUUCCUGGCCGCCGGGCUCAAGUGGGGCAACGAGGCCAUCGCCGGGCACGCGCAGUACUACCACCUGGCGGCGUGGCUGGUGCCGGCCGCCAAGACCGUGGCCGUGCUGCUGGCGGGCGCCGUGGACGGCGACCCCGUGGCCGGCGUGUGCUACGUGGGCAACUCGUCGCCCGAGCACCUGCGGCGCUACGUGCUGGCGCCGCUCGUGGUGUACUUCGCGCUGGGCGCCUCCUUCCUGCUGGCCGGCUUCGUGUCGCUGUUCCGCAUCCGCAGCGUCAUCAAGCGGCAGGGCGGCGCGGGCGCGGGCUCCAAGGCCGACAAGCUGGAGAAGCUCAUGAUCCGCAUCGGCGUGUUCAGCGUGCUGUACGCCGUGCCGGCCGGCGUGGUGAUCGGCUGCCUGGCGUACGAGGCGGGCGGGCGCGAGCGCUGGCUGCGGCGCGUGGCGUGCGGCGCGGCGUGCGGCCCGCGCCCCGUCUACUCGGCGCUCAUGCUCAAGUACUUCAUGGCGCUGGCCGUGGGCAUCACGUCGGGCGUGUGGAUCUGGUCGGGCAAGACGCUGGAGUCGUGGCGCCGCGUGUGGCGCGGGGGGCGCGCGCCGCCGCCCGCGCAGCGCGCGCUGGUCAAGGGCGCCGUGUGACGCGACGCGGGGCCGCCCGCCCCGCCCGCCCCGCCCGCCCCCGCGCCCUCCGCGCCCUCCGCGCGCUCGGCGCAGCCGCUGUCCGACUACGGGCCCGUGUGAGCGCCAGUGCCAGCGCCCCGAACUGUGUCUAGUCCUAGCGUGAACACGCAUACGCAUAUACGUAAUAGUGUAAGUGCGGCGGUGGCGUCCGAGCCCGCAUCGCUUCUCGAACUUUCCAAAUUCGUAGUGUCAUAGAGAGUGCUUUGUGAAAAGCUGAUGCCGUGUCAUAGACUAUGCACAAUUUGUUUUCUAUUUUUGUAAACUGUGAAGUGCUUAGUGUCUAUUUCCAUCAUCUAAUACAAAUAUAUGCUCGUAAAUCUAGGAAUAUAACACCACCUCCAACAAUCCGAGCCCUGACUGUGUAUGACAUUGAAAUCGUAGCAAGACAGAACAAUAUACAUUAGACAUCAUUACACCAUCAUCCCGACUUGAAUGUCAUAAACAGUCGAGGCUUGACCGUGUAAUAUGUAAGAUCUACCUGUAGAAGUGGACUACCUCCUGUGACUGUGAACUUGUAAAGCGAAUUGAAACUUCAGCACUUAUCUAACCAUUUAUUUUAUUGACAAUUAACUAGUUAAUACCACGGAACUCGCCGCUGUAGGGUGAACUUGACGGAAGAAGACAUUAAGUGCUAUUACCUGGUCAAUACCAACGCUCUAGGUUAGAAAACAUGCACAUUAGUAAUUUAACUUGAUCUGGUAGUUAACUUGCUAUUUGAAUUAUCUUUAAAAAAGUUUGAUACAAUACUGUUGAUCUUAUGAAAACGUUACUUUCUUAAGGAGAAUUCAUACGAGCACAGAAAUAUUAAAUGACUGAUUAAGGACUGAUUAACACUGCCAAUCGCAAACACAAUAAAUAUGUAGUGAAUUACUGAUGAGUGUUAACACAUAUUCCAUGAAAAUACUUCAAUUAAAUGUCUGUAUAGUAAAAUUAAUAUAAGUUUUCUUUGUAAAAUAAGUCACCUUUUUGUAAAUAAAUAUAAGUCUAUAAUGUGAUUGUUAAAUUGUAAUCACGCGUAUAGUAGGUAAAUCAGAGAUAAUUAUUAUUGUAACCAGUUCGCGCGCGUUGACUUUGUAACAGCGCCAUCUAUGUAACAACAUUGUAAGUGCGAUUGUGUAAAGUAUCCAACAGAUGGCUCUAACGCGUACCAGUAGCGCCACCUGAGGGCUAAUAGCUGAUAAUACCGCCACCUAUCGUCUAGUAGUAGUACUAAUUUUCAUGUGAUUGGUUGGUAACCUAGAACCUCAUGUGAAGUGCAAUAAUUUUGUAUUAUCUUUCUAUAUAAUUGUAAUUAAUAAAUAAAUAAUAAACGAGAAGUGGGAUGUUCAUGUAUACACGGACACCGCAGCCGAUAAAUCAUUUAUGUAAUUUAUUUUAUAUCCUAACUGUAGAUAAAUAAAGUGACUUUUUUAUGUA